AUGCUGGGCAGUCUAUUCCUCGUGUUCACCCUGCUCAUGGGCGGAGCCGUCGCCACACCCGCCACAGAGUCUCGCGAGAGUAUCGAGGCCGCAGCAUAUCACGUCAAAGAGAUGGUACAUCGACAGACCACUGGUACCAUCGCCAGUGUAUUUCCACCCGAUAGCGAGCAUGCUGGGCAUCCAUUCGCGCUAAUGGAGUAUCAUGCCCCGUGCUUUCCUGCUCCGGCCCUCACCAUGCUCCUCAUGCCUAUUGCCCUUUCGACUCGCAACAUCCUCGCCAAUAGCUCACAUCCAGCAACAUACACAAUCUCAGAAAAGGUCCCUUUUGAUCCUUCGCCCAUGAGCCAAGCUCGAGUAGCCUUCAUCGGGAACAUUACGGUUAUGAAGUACGAAAACAUCCCGGAAGAUGAACUUGAGAUAAUGGAAAAAUGCUUCACGUGGUACCAUCCCGAUGCCAAGUCCUGGAUCCCAUAUCAGUCUCAACAUCCGUUCAAUUCAUUUUGGGCAAAGUUUCAGCCUUCCGACAUUUAUUAUGUCGGUGGAUUCGGAGACUCCCAUUACAUCGGUCACAUUCCCAUCGACCUCUACACGAAGGUUGGCGAGGGCGUCAAAUCUUCAGAUCAUUGGUCAGACCGCAAUGUACCUUCACUUAGGAUUCAGAAUUAG